AUGGAAGAAAAAACAAAUGAACUGCUUUUUAAAGACAUCGAUGCAGAUGAUGAACCACAAACCAAUGCAGUGGAAAGUUUGUGCAUGAAUUGCCAUGAAAACGUGAGUCUAAAAAUUUUUACUAAAAUAAAAUAGAUAAAAUAAAAUAAAAAUAGGGUUAAUAUAUAUUUUACUCACCAGUUAAAACUUAAAAUGGUUUUCUUUCAAAAGCAUUAAAAUUUUAUUUAUCGCUGCAUGAUUAGUAUACAAUUGGUUUGUCUCCUUCACGUAGUUUUGAUCAAAUUUUGUACAGUACAGCUCUGUUUUAAGGUAUACACUCUUUAUUGAUUAACAAGCUAGAUCUUAGUAAAAAUUCUGCCUUUAAAAAUGCGAGAUAUAUGGGAUUUAACAAAGAUCACUGCUAGGAUCACUGCUAGGAUUCGAAAACGUAACUGAAAAAGUGUUUCCUAAUAUUAGCUUGUGAAACGUGAUGUUCUUGAUUUGCAGCUAUCUUGCUUGUAAUCUAAGUUUCAUUUUAGUUUUCUCAUUAAGAAUUGGAAGUACUGUCGCUUUAUUGUGAAAAAAAGGGGGGAAUCAUCUCCAAAUGAUACAUGCAGUCUUGGACUGAAAUGAUGUGUGAAAGUUUGGAGUUCAAACAUCUGUGUUUAAAAUGGAGUUGAUAAACUCUUACAAGCCGACUGCAGUGACUAAAUUUUAAUAUAAUGGGGACAGGGUGGGGGGAAGGGGUGGGUGGAGAGGGAAAAGGGUGGUGAAAGAUAUGCCUAGUUUGAGAUGAUAGCAAUUACAUGUAUGUAUUCAACAGUUAUUCCACUGCACAUUGGAUAUGAGCUGGUAAAUAAAUAGCCAACAAGGCACUUCGCCCCAAGCUGGCCAUAACCAAUCCUGAACAUUUGGAUAUAUGGAGCCUUGUUUUCAGCUCUACAACAGUUAGCCUAAUGCAUUUCUACCUGAGGUUACUCAGAAUAUGAGCUGAUAACUGGAAUUGAGUGAACCAAUCCACUCCCCUUUUCAUCAGCAUUUCUCCAUCUCUUAAUUACAAUUGUCCUGAUGCAAAAUAAUCUAUCUUCAUUAGGGAACAACUCGAAUACUUCUCACAAGAAUACCAUUCUUUAGAGAAGUUGUUCUGAUGUCAUUUGAAUGUCCUCACUGCAGUUAUGCCAAUAAUGAAAUCCAGUCUGCAGGAAGAAUUCAAGAUAUGGGAUGCAACAUUAAGCUGUUGGUGUCCUCUCCAAAGGUGAUCUGUCAAAUUAACCCUUUAAACUCCCAUGAGUGACCAAGACAUAAUUUCUCCUUACAAUAUCAAUUCAAUAUCAACCAGAUAAGUGAUGAGAAUAUAGAAAAAUAUCAAUUUUGGGAUUACUAGUUGAUCCAAUACUAAAUUCUCUGAACUAACAUUAUAAGAAUUGUAUGGUGGAUAGUAAGGAGAAUGACAAAUUUGAUCUGGGAGUUAAAGGGUUGUGAAUAGAUUAAGUUCUACAUAGUCAAUGUAGUCAGCUCCAAGGUCUCAACCAGCAGUGACAAGUGGAUGAUUGGGUGGGUGAAAAAGCAAAGUUAUCCUCAUUUUUUUUUUUUUUUUUUUACCUGACCUUUGGAAUGUCUUUUAAACACAUACCAAGGACCAGAGACCGAAAAAUCAAACUUAUGUUGUGAAAAUGAAGACUUUGUGGAUCAAUAUCAGUAUCUGGGCAACUGCCCACCUUCCCCUCCUCUAACCCAACAUUAACCUUAACUUGUUGUCAGUUGACUGUUGUUGAGUUAGGGGAGGGGUAGGUGGGCGGUUGCCCAGAUACUGAUAUUGAUCCGACUUUGUUUCUCUGAUAGUUGAACAAAACAAGUCAGUGAGGGUCUUCCUUUUGUAGUUUGAGGAGGGCUUUCUACAAAAUGAAGACCCUUUCAAUUUUGUUUGUAGUUCUUAAAUCUUCAGUCUUUCAUUUCCAGUCCUCAUCAUAAGCAAACAGACCCUUGUUAUUUUGUGCUUGCCCACCUCUUUGGUUGUCUCCACUGGCCAUAAAUUUGACCUUACCUGUACUUUCUUGAACCCACUUAUUUUCUUGUAACCAUUGACUAGGUACAGACUUAACCAUUUACACCCUAACAUCAGUAUGCAUAUUCUCCAUACUGUUCUCUAUACAUUUCCAAGGGUGAUGACAAGGAGAAUUUGUUGGAAAAUCAAGAGCUUCUUUAGUUGGUGAUCAUUACUUUUAUUCUCAUGACCUUAAUGUUUCAUUCAGGGGUGAUUUUCUAAGGAGAAAUUAGAUGUUAGUCUCUCUCAAGGGUUAACCCUUUAACUCCCAAAGCGACCAAGACAGAAUUUCUCCUUACAAUAUCAAUACAAUAUCAAGCAGACAAGUGAUGGGAAUAAAGGAAAGUGUUAAAAAGAGGAUUAUUAGUUGAUCCAAUACCAAAUUCUCCAAACUAACACCACAAGAACCAUAUGGCAGACAGUGAGGAGAAUUACUAAUGAGAUCUUGGGAGUUAAAGGGUUAAGCUUAUAAACUAUGUUAAAUUUUUCACUAGUUGAAGAAUUUGCAAAUCAGUUUGAUCUUCAGUUCGAUUUUUUCUCAGAUCUGUGACAAUUCACAAUUUACACCCUAACAUCAGUCUACAAGUUCUCCGUACUGGUCUCUAUACAUUUUUGAUGAUACCUAGAAGGGGAAUUUGUCUAAUAACCAAAAGUUUGUUAAGUUUCUGAUCAUUUCCUUUAUUCUUACAACCAUAAUAUAUGAUCCAAGGGUGGUACUUUUGGGAGAAAUUAGAUGCUUAUCAUUCUCAGGGGUUAAAGGGUUAACCGUAAUCUGAGACAAAGGAAAAACUGGUUUUGAGAAUUUGGAACUGGUUCUAGAACCUCUUUAAACUUUUUCGUGGACACUCACUCUUUGCGGUUGUCAAUUUUUUUCCACAACACAACCAAAGGCAGCACACACCUAAAAUAUAUUUUAAAAGUUAAUUGUACACCUAAAGAACAUACUUUUAAUGGAAUAGCAGAUGUAGCAUUGCCCAAAAUGUGGGUAUUGUUAGUAUUGCAGUAAAAGGUGAUGAUAAGUUAUCAGUAUUGUACAUUAGAUCUUGAGAUAGUGAGUUGACUGAGUAGUAAUGUGUUUAUUUUUUAAUUUCUGUUUCAACAGGAUUUGAACAGACAGGUAGUCAAGUCAGAUUCUGCAUCAUUUACCAUUCCAGAGUUGGAGUUUGAGAGUCCUGCUUUUUCCCAGAAAGGAGGUAGCAAUGAUAUCAUCACCUUUGUUAAUUUUUUUUUCCAUAACUGUGUAAUCAGUGACUUGCUGGAAAUUGUUUAGGCAAUAUGUGUAUUUAAGAGGUACAGAGUGAAGUAGAAUCAUUCUACCACCUGAGGGGGGCUGUUUUUUUUUUUCUCUCAUGUGAGCUUUGAUACAAGUUACAUUUAAUUUUUACAUAUUUUUUGUAGAUGAGUUUUGCUGUGAUUACUGAUCUUAUCAAAACAUGUUAAAUGCUUUUAUUAGGUUGCUAUCGACAGAAAGCAGUGUACAGACUUGCCCUUUUGUUUUGUAAUCUCUAAGUCUGCUUGUAAACUGAAUUUUCUUUUUUCACAUAGAACUCACCACCAUCGAAGGACUUUUAGGACGUGCCAUCACUGCUUUGGAGCAAGAUCAGCCAGUUAGAAGGGUAAAUUAUUGAUAAAAUCAUUGAUAAUUCUAUACAUGUAAUCGUGGGCUUUACCUGGACUAGUUUGAUGCAAAGUAAACUGAGCUUAACAUGAUCCAAAUCAUGUGAAUCAGAGUAUGGCCAAGUAGUUAAGGCACUGUUGGUCCCAUGUUCAAGUCCUCCAUCCUGUUACUAGCUGGAUUUGUUUUUGAUUGCCCUGCAAUGGACACCUUGGCAGCAGUCUCAUCACAGCAAACUUGUCUGCCUCCUGUUAGUUGGGAAUUUUCAAACUCUAUGUUUAUUCACCAUGUUUAUGUACAGUCUGUUUGUAUUGGCCUUUAAAAGCCCCAUUGGGGGAGUGGUCAAUUAAUAUUAUUAUUAUUAUUAUUAUUGUUAUUAUUAUAAUUAUUAUUAUUAUUUUUGUUGUUAUUAUUAUUACUACUAUUAUUAUUUGAAGAAAAAUCUUUAUUCAAUACUCAUAAAAAAGACCUAUGUACAGUGCUUCACUUAAAAAGAAUUAAAUUUGUACCUCGACAUCUGUUAGAAAGAAAAGAAAAAAUCAAUGUCUCAAUAUCUCUUGAACUAUAAUCCACGAAAAUGUUUCUCUAAUAUUAUUAUUGUUGUUAUUGUUAUUAUUAUUAUUAUUAUUAUUAUUGUUGUUGUUAUUAUUAUUACUACUAUUAUUAUCGUUGUUAUUGUUAUUAUUAUUAUUAUUGUUAUUAUCAUUAUCAUUUUCAUUAUCACUCAUACAAAGAUUGUUUGAAGCAUGGUCUACCUACCAGUUGUUAAGUCGAAGCACAGAAAGCAAAUCUAUUGCUCUGCAUCAAACAACACUCUGAAACAUUGCCUUGUAGGUGUAGAUCCAAUUUUUUUUCCUAAACACAAUAGCACCCCAUCAACUUGAAUUCUCAGGGGAAACCAAAAAAGAGGUUUGCUUUAGCAGGGGUUUGAGUUGGCUGAUCUCUCGGAGAGAUCGGCCCUUUUUCGAGCUACCAGGGUUUCGAGCUAACAGCGUUCGAAUCAGCGGGGUUCUGUUGUUCAAUACAGUAAUUGUAAGUUGUUACAGUACGUCAAGUCACCGGUUGACUUUUGUAUUUCCAUUUGAAUUGUCAACAGAUCGUGGAUCCUGACAAUGCAGUGAAAAUUGAUGAUUUUGUGGCACAGUUGACAAAAUGCCGCGAUGGUGACAGGAAGUUCACCCUUCACCUGGAUGAUUCAUCUGGCAACAGUUUCAUCGAAAAUCCACAUGCCCCUAAAGAAGACCCACAGAUGACCAUGGUGUAUUAUCGCAGAAACGCAGAACAGAACGCCCAUCUAGGACUUCAGCCAGCCAGUCAAACCGAGGAGAAACAGGAAGAGGAAGAAGGUCAGAUAACAAGGUUUUCAUUGAGAAAUAUCAGUAGAAAAGUCACAGGAGAUUGAUAUCCAACUGUACGUAGAAGUGCACAGAUAACGCGCGAAUCCCGUGCAAAAAUCCUCUGUUUAUUUGGACUGUUGGUUAUUUUGUACUAGAAAAAAAAAGCGAGUGUUUUGUAAGACCUGUCACAAACCGCUUCUCCAUUUGCUUAGCUUCUCCCGCCUCAUAAGAAAUGCAUAGUAAAAUUGAGUAGCCUUACCCCCAUAAAAAUAAUUCCUAAGCAUGUCAUUGAAAUAGGUAAGGUUCUCAGAGCAGGAAACAUAAAUAAAUGCAAGAGCGUCGCGAGUGUGUCCCUUGAGAAUUUCCCCCACCCUCCCACCCCUAAAAUUGCUGAUUAUCAAUUUGCGAGCAGGCCCUCGUUAUCAGGGCUUUGGUAGCAGCGUUUUUUUGCCCCUGGGAAAGUAUGAGCGAUGCGAGCUGGCGAAAGGUCUGUAAGCAGUCUAACACUGAUUAUUAGUGUCAGACUUCCGACCAGCCUCUUCCUUUCUCGUCUCAAAUCUUCUCGCGGGCGGAAAAAGGCGUGUCCUGACUGUUCAGCAACCGUGUAUCGUAGAGUUAAAUGUGCCCCACUUAUCGCUCUCCUCCCCUCCAGAGCACGAGUCUUUAACUCAUUUCAGAUUUGUUGUUUUGACAAUCUUAAAUUAAAGCUUGAAAACUGAACAUGAUCAUGUAACAGUUUCUCUCUUACAGCUUGAUAUCAUUUGUUAGUAUUCACCUUGAUAUCAUUUGUUAGUAUGCAAAGUUUGACUCUGUUCUUUUCCACGUUCCCACACACAGAGGAAGAGCAAACAAAUGUAAAUGACGAGGUAAGAAUUGUUUCGGUUCCUUGUGCCCUGUUUUACAAUGUAAUACCGUGACAUAUUUUGCAUGUUCUGUUGCCCCAGUAUGGUUAAGUAGCCUAAUAGGACGAACAAUGACGUUCAUUUCUACCGGAAUAAGCACCAACGAAGGCCAGGUCCUUUAGCUUCCGGGGUUAACUUUCUCUCUCCUCUUUCGUUGCUUUUUUGCAGGUGUUAAAUUUCCCAACAAAUUGUCCUUCGUGUAAUGCACCUACAGAAACCAGAAUGAAGCUUGUUGGUAUCCUCUUUUCUUACUGCCGUUUUAUUUGUUUUCAGUUUAAUGCUAUUGUUAGUACUUUCAAAUCAAGGUAGUUCGUUUACAUACCUCAACUGCUCGAUUAAUGUGUGACUGUGUGUGUGUCAUUCUGUCCCCUCGUUUGUCUCUCCGUUCGUUGGUCUCUCCACGGGUAUCCCUCUGCGUCCGUACGCCCCUGUGUUUUUUUGUCUGUCCGUCCGUACGUACGUGCGCUGGUACUUACGUCUGUCUCUUUGUCAUUUUGUCUUUGAUUUUUCCGUUGUACCUAUGUAAUAUAUACGUACAGUCAUCAACGUUCACCGUUCAUAAAAUUUUAUUCACUGUCCAUCACUUAUAAAACCGGAUUCACCUUAACUAGUAUAUCAGCUAUACCGCAUUUUAAAGAAGUGGUGAUUAUGGCGACCAAUUGCGAUGCUUGCGGGCAUAGGUCAAAUGAAGUCAAGUCUGGCGGUAAGUAACUGGUUCUUGGUUCGUUUCUGUUGUUGCAAUUGCGUUUUUUUAUAUGCUUUUCGGUUUGUGGUUCGCCUGACCCGUCUAGUCUUCUGUUACGCUUAAUGCGCGCCUGCGGGGCUCGGAUACUAGCACUGCCACGACGAAGAAGACAAUAACAUCUACUCCGCCCACACGUACACCUCUCGUGUGCCUCCCCCAUUCAUAGUCAAAAGUGGGGAAAGGACUGGGGACGAGCAGCGAGGCGUGCUCUCUGAACUAGCGUUGUUGACAGCGUAAUAUGAAUUGGUCCUCAGUUCCCAGUCAAUUUAACUUUCUGAUCAAUAUUUGUUUUAGCUGGUAUGGAACCUCAUGGAACAAGACUCACUCUCAGGAUAACAGAUCCUUUGGAUCUCAACAGAGAUGUGCUGAAGGUACAGCUUCAACUUUUGUUGCAAUAUUGGAUCCUAAAAUCUUAUUCUGAAAUCGUAAGAACGGGGAGCUGAGGUUUUAAGUUUUUCGUGGCGAUUUUCAGGGAAGAAUAUGACAAAUUUUCCGGAAUGCUCUCGAGAACUGGUUUAUAGCUUAUGUUAGACUUUUCCUUAGCAAUGUUGAUAGAACAAUAUUACAAUUUUAUUUUCCUCGGGAAUCCUCUUGGUUAAAGUCUUCCAUGCUAGUUUUUUCUAUAGAGAUUUGGUGGAGGAGAAACUUGUCCGGAGUGCAAUUUGCUUGUGCUGGUGAUAUGACAGAUAAAGAUUGUUGAAGAAAAUUUUUAAGGACGGAAGGGAAAAGUGGCAAAAAUUUUUCAUAGAAGAAUCCGCUCGCUUAACGCUUUAGCCCCUAAGAAUGACUGGCAUCUGAUUUCUCCUUACCACAUAAACCCUGAAUCAAACAUUUAGGUCAGGAGAAUAAAGGAACUGAUCACCAACUCAAGAAGCUCUUGAUUGUUAAACACAUUCUCCUUGUCAGCUCCUUAGGAAAUGUAUAAAAAACAGUAUGGAGAAUACGCAUAUUGAUGUCAGGAUGUAAAGAUUUGAAAACUCGCUUCGAGUGAUACUUUUUUGUUCUUACCUUAUUUUGAUGCCAAUCAAAUAAUGAUGCAGUCUAUCACAGAACAGACGCACGACAACAUGGAAUGUUUUUAUUAAGUAUAUUAAAGACAGAUUAUUUUGGAAAAGUCGUCUUUUGUCUGCCGAAAGAUGGCUGUUUCAACGGAUUCCACCGUGAUCUUACGUCUAUCUUUAUUGCAGUCAGAAACGUGUGAAGUAUACAUGCCAUCAUUGGAUUUCCACAUCGCAGCCGGCACACUGGGUGGACGAUUCACGACAUUAGAGGGCCUUUUGUGUAAUAUAAAGGAUCAGGUACGUGAUACUCAUCUUACAUAAAAUAUAUUUUAUAUCGCGCGUGAGAUCGGGGUACGGGUGAACACAAUUGGACCAAAUGCUGAAGUAUUGUGAGAGUAAAUUAAUUAAUCAGCGGUUAAGCCGGUCUCCACGCAUCGUUUUCUACCAGUCAGAACUGAUCGUUCCAUUUGUUUUCCUCUUGUAACAGCUAAAGUCGCUGAAUCCUUUUGGCUUUGGAGACAGCCCGGCUGAAUUCAGUGCGAAGAUGAAAACAUUUAUCACCAACUUGGACAGGGUAAAAACUGUUAUUCCCCACCCCCUGCUCUCCUAUCUCCUCUUCCUUUUCCCUUCUUGUUGUUAUCUCAUCCCUUAACUCUUCAACUCCCAAGAUCUGAUCAUUAAUUCUCCCCUCUAGCUGCUAUACAUUUCCUUGUAAAUUUGUUACGAGAAUUUAGUGUUAGAUCAAGAUAGCAACUUCCACUUGAUAAGUUUGAAUAUUCUCAUUACCUGUUUGCUGGAUUAGGUAUGGAUAUUAGAAGGAGAAGUUACGUGUUAAUCACUUCCGGGAGCUGAAGGGCUAAGUUACCCACCUUCCCCGUUUUACUGAUUUUGUUUUCUUACUGGUUCCUCUCUCUUUUCGUUCUUUUCCCUCUCCUUUCUAGUCUCCAGUCCUCUUCUCUCCUUCCUCCCCUUUUGCUUUUGCCUUUACUAACGUCACCAUCUUCUCGUUCGGUUCCUCUUUCCUGCCCAAGUCUUUUAUGGAGACUUCAUCAAUGCGUGCGUGCAUCAACUCUUUCCUGACUCUUUCUUUGUGUCUAUUUUAAGCCCGCUCUACUCAAUUUAUUGCGCAGGUAAUUAAUGGCGAGGAAAUGAAUGUUCUGAUCACACUGGAUGACCCGGCUGGAAACAGCUAUAUUCAGGUAAUUUUUCUUAAGCCCAUGGAGUAAGUAAUAUAUUGUCCAUUUUUGAAAAUUUAGCCUCAGCCAGCAUAUUUAAGCGCGUAGAGGCAAGCACAAGGCUAACUCGAAAGGCGAGUUACACGCGCGCGAGAGGGCUUUUCUUUUCGCGCUCGUACCCAUUAGCGUGACCCGCCCUUUUCUUCGCUUCAUGCAAGUGGAAACAGUGCAAGGCGAACUCGAUAGGCGAGUGAUAAGCCAUGGAAGAAGCUUUUUUUUCACUUUGCGCUACUACCUUCGCCCUUAACACACACUUUCUAAAAAGUGAAGUAAGCGCGAGGCGAACUUGCAAGGCGAGUCAUGCGCGAGAUGAGCGUGAGUGUGAGUUACGCGCAAGGGAACGAGUCUUUUUCUUCCCACGUCUUCCUUCGCGCCCGAAUCGCACUGGCCUGUGCCUCAAGUAAGGGGAAGCAACUAUGAGGUGAAGUCGAAAGGCAAGUUACUCACGUGCAGAGGUGCUUUUUGCUCUACGGGAUAUGUUUAGACUCGUAUCUUUGUCAGUUUUCAACAUCUAGCCCUAGAACGUGGCAGUAUUAUAACUUUUGCGGAGCUAUUUCCAUAAGUUAAUACGUAUUCCCGCUGACUGGUCUCAAUCAAAUUGUGGGGAAAAAAGUCGUGGAAAACAGAAGUCUUUUGAUUUUAUCGUCAUGACUCAAGACAGAACCCUUUCCUCUUUACAGAAUUUGUAUGCUCCAGAUCCAGACCCUCAACUGGAAAUCGUUCAUUACCCAAGAACAAAGGAACAAGAAGACGAUCUUGGAAUAUCAGACAUGAAAACAGAAGGAUACGAGGAAGACAGUCAAAGCUGAUAUUGAAGUUCUUACAUUCCAGUUUUUCGAAGAUGAAAAUUUCUCUAUCACAGUAUGACUUCUAUUACAGGAGUUCUGUACUCAAAACUGACCAAUCAGUUUACAGGAAACAAGAGAUGAAUGGGCUCUGCCAUCUUUGUCAUCAAUGCUUAUUUCGGUCCUAAGCACCAACUGGCAGGGGUUGGCAUGGAAGCUUCUUCCCAUUGCGAGUUCGCCCCUAUGACGAUAAGUUGGCCUCGUCAAAAAUAAGAAGUUCGUCCCCGCUACCAUUCCCCGAGGUUGGGGUGAGCUCGUUAAGGGCGAAUCUGCAGUGAGACGAAACCUCCAGAUACCACCGGAAAAACUGAAUUUAAGGCGCUUUUCGAUUGAGUGUCGUAAAAUCAGAACCAAAUCAUUUAAUUAAAACGGCCAAUCAGAGAAAGGAAAAUACCUCUAAGAGCCAAUGACAGCUCAAAGUAAAAAUAAGCAAACUGCCUAAAGCGCGGGAAAACGCGGGCGACCAAGUCGUGAUUAAUUUUAGUUUUGCGCCCGAUUGGUUGAGAGAGUGGUGCGAGUUUUCUAACCAAUCACAGAACGAAGUAAAACAAAAACAAAGCAAUCCCAGAUUUCUUGCGGUACUCAAUUGAAAAUUGCUCUAGUCAGAUUUAUGAUGUAAAUGGUCAGUCUUGUUUUCGUGACCGCAGUUAAAGUCGAGGCUCUGGAACUCUAAAGAUUUUUGUGCCGAGCUUGUUUUAGAUUCUUCCUUAAUCACUCUGGUCUUAUAAUAUCGCCUGCUUCUAGAACAGAAAGAAUGUAGUGAAGAGCGAUGUUGACAACUGAACAAUAGCUACAACAGUUAAAGGAGUAAAGGGGACACGUUUCUAAAGAAACUGUGGUGCUGCGUCUGUGGGGGAUAUCAUACGUAAUCUGGUUUUAUCAACUGAGUUGUUAAUGUGAAUCGAUCACUAUAAACAAUGUCUAAAUCUGACGCUCUGAGUGUUCGCCCCUUUCGUAAUUCGCUCUGACGAAGGGUUUGUGCUCGAACCUUCAGCUUUAGGAAAACUUCAUGGUGGCCAGUUGAAGGAGCAGUCGUGGUGUGCGCGAUGAAACAAUUUCUUUUAUCGUAUAAAGUCAGAUAUUGUAAGAAAAUUUUCGUGUUACGUGUGGUGUCAUUUCCAGAUCCCAUAUAACGCUAAGGAAAUCCAGAU